CCAGUUUACAGCUACGGACUUGCUGAAGCGAGGCUGCUUUGUGAAACUAGUAGCGCGGCUGUUACUCAACCCAACGAAGGGCACGCACAGUGAAAGCUAACGGACAGACUGGUGCCAGACCCAAGAGCACACGUGAACAGUUAAAACCUUCAGAAAAGAGCAAUAGAAGAAAAAUGGCCAGACAACCAAGUAUAGAGGAAGAUGCAAAAUUUAUUAGAAAAACCAUAGAAGAAAUAGAAAGAGGCAGUUCAAGCCGGUUCACUGAAGAAAAAGAAGACGUGGAACCUGAAAUACAAUAUGAAACAGCCACAGUAAGGGAAGAAGCAGAAAAAGUGUACAAUCCUCCAAAAACUAGUAAACAACCUGAAGUUAGAGAAAAAACGAAAAGUAAAGAAGACAUAGAAGAAUCAAAAGAAGACAAAAAGAAAGAUGAUAGCAAAAGUAAUGGGAAAAAGAAAUCGAAGUCACGAGCCAGACUAGAAAGAGAGCAAUCGAAGCCUUCUGAGAGUGAUACAGAGCAGGAUGUAGACACUGUUACUGUGGAGAUUCCCAGGAGAAGAAAGAGGCCACGGCGGGCAUCGGAAAGGCCGAGAACUCCGCCAACAUCAUUGCAUUCAGAUUCCGAGGGGGAGAUCUUCGUUCUCAAACUCAAAGCUCCCGGACCCCGAGAGGGUUCACCAGAAGUCAUAGUGAAAACAACCCGCAAAAUAUUUUCCCCCGUCGUCCGGAGCGGUGAGUCCGUCCCUCGAGCUGUCAUCCCCGUCGACGUUGAAGAUUUGGACGACGUCCGCCCUUCAGAACAAGUCAGACACACUAAAAAGGCUGAAAGAAAGGCGAAGCAGGAGUAUUCUCGUUCAAAGAGCUCUGGGGAUCUGCAAGAGGAGCAGAGGCCAACGUCGAGACCACCGCUGCCAACGUCACCGUCGUCACAGAGGAAACCGCAGCCUAAGGAGACUGCCCCGUCGAUCAGGAUUAUGAUUCAGCGGUACAAUAUGAAGAUUAGUGAGGAAGGUCACACGCCUCCUAGUAGUGGUGCUUCAUCGCCGGCCUGGCGCUCCCCCGCACUUGAGAGGCGACGCCCUCCCGAUAUGCCUGUUGGGGUUAAUAUCAGGAAUAACCCAUUUCUCGAGAGGGAAGUCCAAAAGUCAGCGAGCGCCUGCCAACUAUCCAGAAGAGACCAAACUUCAGUAGAAAAACGAUUAGCACCCGUCGAACCACCCGGCCCAGACGGCGUCCUCAAAUCUCGGAGUGCCAACGCUCUACACCCUGAACAAGGAAAUCCAGAAACCCCACUGCAGAAGGAAAUGGAAGACAGCCAGGAGACUAUAAAAUGCAACGCGAGCACAGACACUAUAGUGCCUGAUUUGGUUAAUUUACCAGAGAAGCCUAGUCCUAUAGUUGAGACAACGCUUUUAAGACAGAUGUCUGAAGUCCCAAGUAUUACUAAAAUAGUGAAAGAAAACCCUGAGCUAUUUGCGAGGUCUAUAUCGACUGUGGAGUCGGUGGCCAUGGAAGUAGAAGCUAGUCAGCUGUCGGAGAGGGCCGCGAGGAUACGAGCUGCGAGAGAGAGGUUCCUCUCGUCUCCUGUUGCAAUGAGGAGGGAAGGGACCAGUUCGGCCAGUGAUCUUAGACCUGGAGAUAGAUCCAGCCGCAUCAGCUGUGAGAGUGACGUCACAGAGUCGCAGUCCUCGGGUCCGCAGGAGUCUGUGCUAGGCCGCAGUGCCUCAACUGGCAUGGUCAACGUGGACCCUGAGUCAUGGCAACGGGUCGCAGAAGGAGGUCGCGGUGAAAGACGCACUCGCUCCCGCUUCAGCCUGGCGCGACUAGCGGCCCGCCUGCGCCGCAAGGACCGGGACGAAGGGGCAGUUUCGCGGCUCUGCCGGCAAAGCUUGCUCGUACACCUACCCAAUAAACACUGAACAGUAUACGAUUAUCAUUUUGACUGGGCCCAUGUCCAAACUGCAGUACUUACUCCAUACAACCAGUCACGAUCAUUUUGAUCUCAUAUGACCUUGAAAAUUAGGUUCAUGCGUCAUGAAGACAGAUCGCCAGUUAGUAGGUCGUAUCAAAACAAAUUGUAAGCUAUAACUGUUAAAACUGAACCGUAUAAUAAAGGGCAUAAAGCGUGGUGACCUGGUGAGUUGGUGACCCUUGGAUGAAUCGUGUACUUG